AUGAUGAUGCAGUUUGGCCAGUUCUUGUCCCAUGACAUAUCAAAGAAUGCUCUAUCGAACGUGUGCACAUGCCAGAUGGGACCACCUCGUUGUGCCAAUGUUCCUCGCCCACGAACGGAUACAAUAGCAGGAGGCUGUGUUACAUUCACUCGAUCGAUCCCGGUGUGUGGGACAGGUCUUGGAACCCGUCCACGAGAACAGUACAACGAAAACACGGCUUUCAUCGAUGGUAGCUCGCUAGUAAAUGGACAUGCCUUCCCGCCCAACAAUAGACGAGAUGCGAUGAGUGUUGGAGAUGAUCGAGCUACGAUUUUCCUUGGUCUCGCAGCCUUCCACACUACCUUCCUACGUCUUCAUAACAGCAUAGCCGCCACACUACAGAACAUGAACCUUCUGUGGAAUCAAGAUCGUGUAUUCCAGGAAACCAGGAAAAUUGUCGGUUCCAUAAUACAGGUCAUUACCUAUCAAGAGUUUCUUCCUGCUCUUAUCGGUCCAUUCCACCCUCGACUAAUACCGCCAUAUGUGAAGUACAACCCAAUCGUGAACCCUGGUAUACUGAACGAAUUCGCUGGUGCUGCUUAUCGGCUUCAUGGAAUGAUUCAGGAGUCCUAUCCGCUUAUUGGACCCAACUUUGAACUCAGAGGGAAAGUUCCAUUUUUGGACGGUGUCGGAAGGAUCGAACAGGUGUUGUCAGCGAUUGAUGCAGUGUAUCGAGGCUUCAUCGCUUCCCCAGUUCGAAAUCCUCAACGUAUUACUACGUCCGUCACGGAACGAUUAUUCGGUGGAUCGGACAUGGCCACAAUAAAUAUCCAGUGGCCAGAAGUGUCGGACAAAGCCGUACGGGAACGAGUGGCACAACUAUACAGGACACCCGAUGAUCUCGAUCUGUAUGUGGGAGGAGUACUUGAAGAACCGAUCGAAGGCAGUCUUGUUGGACCAACCUUUGCCUGUAUUAUUGCUGAGCAAUUUGUACGACUUCGAGAUGGAGACAGAUUCUACUAUGAGAACGAAGGAGUCUACACGUCAGCGCAGUUGGCUGCUUUGAAAGCCGUCACUCUAUCAUGGGUUUUAUGUAAUACAAGUGAUGGAAUGAACAGAAUCGUUCCGAAUGCAUUCACCAUCGACCGUGGACAACGAGCUGUCGCCUGCUCAUCGUUACCAGGGCUCGAUCUUACCGCCUGGAAGGAAUAG